AUGAACUUAAUCACAAAACAGCCGACACAGGAUGUCAAGGACAAUGAUAUAUGUAAAGAAGAACCAAUGGAGAUAUCGUAUUUAAAGGAAGAUGAAAAACCUACGAAAACCUCACCGACAACUUAUAUAGCCGACCUUCAACGUCGACAAUAUUGUUUUAUUAUUUUCAAUAAUCCUAAAUGGUCUCAAAUUGUGAAAAGUAAAUCUUCAAACGUAUCAAAACAAAAUGACCAACAACAAGAACAAAACACUGCACAACAACCAGGAUUACAGGCAACAUUUGAUUGGCCUAUGCAAUUGUUAGUCAAAAAUGAAACGUAUGAUACAUCGCUGGAUGAACAAUUCGUCUGUAAAUUACGACAACUCAUUCAUGAAUAUAUGCAACAUACAACACGACCCUUACCACUCAAAUAUUUUCUUGAUCUUACUGAAGAAUAA